AUGCGGCUCUUCCACUCGGCAGUCAGGGUCCGUAAGGGCCCCCAGGGGAGCCCGGGUGAGCUGCAGACUUUCCAGCAGCUGCAGCGCCGGACGCGCCGGCAUCGCACCAUCUUCACCGAGGAGCAGCUGCAGGCCCUGGAGACACUUUUCCACCAGAACCAGUACCCGGACGUCAUCACCCGCGAGCACCUGGCAAACCGCAUCCACCUGAAGGAGGAGAGGGUGGAGGUUUGGUUUAAAAACCGUCGGGCCAAGUGGCGGCACCAGAAGAGGGCAUCUGCUUCGGCACUGCUCCUGCAAGGCAGCAGGAAGCCCCCGGAGGAGCGCAGUUAG